GGGAUCAAGCCAGGAUUGAGUGACACUUCAGCCUAUCACGUCCCAGCGGCGUGAGCUUCUCCACCAAUGAGCGCGCGCCUGGAGAUGCGGCUCAAGUCCCAGCCCCGCCUCGCACAUGAACGUGUUAUCUUGGGAAAAUGUAAAGAUACCUGUGGGGGCCUAGCCCUCCGCCGUCCUGCGAAGCAAGCGACUAGCCUUGGAGCUGCCCCAGCACGGGGACAGUGGAACUCAGUAGAACUUUCCUCCCAAGGAGGCGGGGCCGAGGUCAGAGGUCGGGAACAGGCUAGCCACCUAACCCCCCCCCCCCACCCCCGGCCAGUCUUACUAUGGGUGGUGAAUGUGAGAGUGACGCGGGCCCCGCCCUCUCGCGAGACCACCCCCAAGCACGUGACCGCGGCGCGCGGACUUCCGGGCCGCCCCUCUCGGCUUCUACGGUCUUCGGUGCCGGCCUCAAGAUGGCCGCCUUCGGGCGUCUCCGGCGCUGUUGAAUGGUGAAAGCUUUAUUGUUCCCUUCGGGCAGGAGUGUUCGUGUCCUCUACGGCGCUGUCAAUAAAGAACCGCAGUUUGAAUCGGUGCUGAGCAGGCUGAUCCUCACUGAGUGGACUCUGGAAGGAGAGUGGAAGAGAAGACCUGGAGGCCAAGCUGGCUUCAUGGAGCUCCCCAACUAUAGCCAGCAGCUGCUGCUACAGCUAUACACACUGUGCAAGGAGCAGCAGUUCUGUGACUGUACUAUCUCUAUAGGAACCAUCUACUUCAGGGCUCACAAGCUAGUCCUGGCUGCUGCUAGCCUCCUCUUCAAAACCCUCCUGGACAACACAGAUACCAUCUCCAUCGAUGCCUCUGUGGUGAGCCCUGAGGAGUUUGCCCUCUUGCUUGAAAUGAUGUACACUGGCAAACUACCAGUGGGCAAGCACAACUUCUCCAAAAUCAUCUCUUUAGCAGAUAGCCUGCAGAUGUUUGAUGUGGCUGUUAGCUGUAAAAAUCUCCUGACCAGCCUUGUAAACUGCUCUGUCCAGGGGCCAGUGGUAAGGGAUGUCUUGGUGCCAUCCUCAGAGAUUUGCAGGAAGGAAGCUGCAAAGCCUCAAGUAGAAGUCCUUUCUUCUGAAGGUGCCAGGGAGACUCCUUCUUCUUUGGAGGGGUUUAACACUUCAGGGAGCACUGGGAAAGCAGAAAGCCAGGAAGCCAUCCCGGUAGUUCCACGGGAAACGAGUGCAGAUUCUUCCACUGCCAAGGAAGUUCAGGGGAACACAGAGAUGCCAGUGGAGACUCCUCUUCUGCCUAAAGUUUGUCCUCCCUCCCCUGUGGAACAAACCUUUAGUGAAGCAAAAAGGGCAAGCACAGAACCAGAGUGUGAGGGGAAACAAUUCCAGUUGAAUUUUCUCCUAGAAAAUGAGAAUGUCUUUUCAGAUGCACUCUUGGUUACCCAGGAUAUUUUGAAGAAACUGGAAGAAUGCUCAGAAAUUAAAGGCCCACAGAAGGAGAUCAUUGCAGAAUGCUUCAAGGGUGAAGGGGGUUGUCCAGCAUUCCAGAGGCUCCUGGACAAAGUUCAAGAUGAGAGUCUGGAUGUACAGUCUGCUUUGUGUCUGCUGAGGCUGUGCCAGAAUGCUGCUUCAGUGGCCAAAUCCGCUCUGUUAACCUCAGACCCAGAAGGUGUGGCACCAGUGCAGCCAGAAGGGAGCACAGAGGAGGGAAAGACCUUGUCUGUUCUGUUACUGGAACACAAAGAGGACUUGAUACAGAGUAUAACACAGUUGAGACCUAUUGUGGAGUUCCUGGAAACAGCCAAGGAGGAAUUCCUGCCUGGCUCCCAGAAAAGGAUGAUUCUGAAUUCCUGCAAGUGCAAAACACCCAAGGAGGCUAUAGAAAAUUGGUUGCACACAAUGACUAAAGAGAAGACACUGACCGCGGAGAGUUUGGUGAAAGUCCUCCAGGCUGUAAAGACAACCUUGCCAAACUUGGGCCUUCUGCUGGAAAAUUUGCAGAAAUUAGCUCCGCUGCCCAGUGUCCCAGUCCAACCAAGCCCUGAAGACUAUGGGACUGAGCUACUGAGACACUAUCAUGAAAACCUCUCUGAGAUUUUCACAGACAACCAGGCACUGCUGAAGGUCAUCUCACAGGUGAAGAGUUUGGCCCCUGGAGAAAGAGAGGUCAUGGAGAAGCUCGUGGAACGGGACUCUGAUUCUGGUGGUUUCAGUUCACUGAUGUCAGCAGCUCUAGAAAAAGAGACACUCUCAGCAACAGCCAUUUGGCAACUAUUGCUAGCAGCUCGGGAGACAAAGACUUGCCCUUUGAACUUGCUCCUGGAACAAAUAGGAAGAGAGCCUGGUGCCCAUGCUUUCUUCCAGGCAGUGACCGCCCCUGAAAGUGCUGCCUUAGAAGCCAUCCUGAGGCACCGCAAGUUGAUCACAGAGGCCAUCCAGCAGAGGCCUGUGCUCCAGCACUUUUCCUCAGAUGAGAAGCGCCUGGUGGAGACUCUGAAAGAGAUUCUGAGCAUUUCCUCUGAGACAGCCAGCCCUGAAGCUUCCCUGAGAGCAGUGCUGAGCAGAGCUAUGGAAAAGUCAGUCUCAGCCAUGGAAGUCUGUCACCUCCUGUGCAGUGUCCACAGAUCUUUCCCUGGCCUACAGCCUGUCAUGCAGGAGCUGGCAUGCAUUGGCUUCCUUGCUAAGGAAAAGGGUGAGAAGGAAAUGUGGAAGCUGAGUGAUAAAUUUUACCAUGAAGCAAGCAACAAAGAAAAUGAGAAGACAGCUGAGGUGACUAGAGAAGGCUGCCAGCCCAUAGAACAAAAGGGAAAGGAGGAGACUGGUCCCCUGCCAGAGCAACAAGAAAAGGACACUUCUGCCUCCCCAGACUCUGCCAAGAAGAGCUUUGUCUGUAAGGCCUGUGACAAGAGCUUCCAUUUCUACUGCCGCCUUAAGGUACACAUGAAGCGUUGCCGGGUGGCCAAGAGCAAGCAGGUGCAGUGCAAGGACUGCACUGAGACCAAGGACUCAAAGAAGGAGCUGGAGAAACAUCAGCUGGAGGCCCACGGUACGGGCGGAGAGCCUGAAAUCCCCAAGAAGAAGAAGAAGAGGCUUCCCGUGACCUGUGACCUCUGUGGAAGAGAGUUUGCCCACGCCUCAGGCAUGCAGUACCACAAGCUGACGGAGCACUUUGAUGAGAAACCAUUCUCCUGUGAGGAAUGUGGGGCAAAGUUUGCAGCCAACUCUACCCUGAAGAACCACCUCCGCCUGCACACUGGGGACCGCCCGUUCAUGUGCAAGCACUGCCUCAUGACUUUCACACAGGCCUCAGCCCUGGCUUACCACACCAAGAAGAAGCACUCUGAAGGGAAAAUGUACGCAUGCCAGUAUUGUGACGCUGUGUUCGCGCAGUCCAUUGAGCUGUCCCGCCACGUGAGGACCCACACUGGAGACAAGCCAUACGUCUGCAGGGACUGUGGCAAGGGCUUCCGGCAAGCCAAUGGCCUCUCUAUCCACCUGCACACCUUCCACAACAUAGAAGAUCCUUACGACUGCAAGAAAUGUAGGAUGAGUUUCCCCACUCUGCAGGAUCACCGGAAGCACAUCCAUGAGGUGCACUCCAAAGAGUACCACCCCUGCCCCACAUGUGGAAAGAUCUUCAGUGCCCCUUCCAUGCUGGAGCGGCACAUGGUCACCCACGUGGGAGGAAAGCCCUUCAGCUGCGGGAUCUGCAACAAGGCCUACCAGCAAUUGUCUGGUCUGUGGUACCACAACCGGACCCACCACCCGGACGUGUUUGCUGCUCAGAACCAUCGCUCAUCCAAGUUCUCUUCACUCCAGUGCAGCUCCUGUGACAAAACCUUCUCAAGCACAAUGGAACACAAGGCACACAUCAAAGCAGAGCAUGCAGAUUUGAAGUUCCACGAGUGUGACCAGUGUAAGGAGCUCUUCCCCACACCAGCUCUGCUCCAGGUGCAUGUCAAGUGCCAGCAUUCAGGGUCACAGCCAUUCAGGUGUUUGUACUGCACGGCCACAUUUCGCUUCCCCGGAGCCUUGCAGCACCACGUCACCAUGGAGCACUUUAAGCAGUCAGAGAGCACAUUUCCCUGCGAGCUCUGUGGUGAGCUCUUUACUUCCCAGGCUCAGCUUGACAGCCAUGUGGAGUCUGAGCACCCAAAGGUGAUGGGCAUGGAGGCCCAGGCAGCUGCCUCACAGAUGGUACAGGUGAUCCAGGCUCCAGAGCCGGCGGCCCCCACUGAGCAGGUGAUCACUUUGGAGGAGACCCAGCUUGCUGGCUCACAGGUGUUUGUGACAUUGCCCAAUUCACAGACCUCUCAAGCCAGCUCUGAGCUUGUGGCGGUGACUGUGGAGGAUUUGCUGGAUGGCACUGUCACUCUGAUCUGUGGUGAGGCCAAGUGAACGGUGGCUUACUGGUGGAGGGCACCUGCAUUGCACCAGAGAGAAAGCUCGGCUUAGUAUCAACUCCGGCAGUCUCACUUGGAAACAGGGUGGCCUCAUUCACGUAGAACCCCCAGUGUCUGAGCCAUGGACACCGGUACCACUGU